AUGUUCAAAUCAAUCUGCAAAAUUUCGUCCCGCAUGGCUCCCUCUGCGUGCCGCACCAUGUUGGCCCGUCCCGUCAUGGCCAACUCCAUACUCGCACAAAGGUUCUACUCCGCCAACUUGAGCCAAGAUCAGGUCUCUCAAAGAGUUAUCGACGUCAUCAAGGCCUUCGACAAGAACUCCCCCAGCAUCGCCAACAAACAGAUCUCAAGCGACACUCAAUUUCACAAGGACUUGGGGCUGGACUCCUUGGACACCGUCGAGUUGCUCGUGGCCAUUGAAGAAGAAUUCGACAUCGAAAUCCCAGAUAAAGUGGCCGAUGACUUGAGAAGCGUGGGUGAAACCGUCAACUACAUCGCUUCCAACCCUGACGCCAACUGA